AUGGAUCAAAGGCUUGCUCCGCUACAGCUUCGCCUGCUUUUCCUAGUCAUUGAGUAUGCGCAAGGCUCCGAGACGUCUCGCAUUGAUCCAGGAUUAGCACCAGGACCUGGCCAGAAGGUGGAGGCUAUUGCCUCAUUUCUGGGUCUUGAGCAACCUGCCAUAGUGCCUUCCUUCGAGGAACAUGAGCUGCUCCCUCAGCUCAAGAACAGCACUGCAUUCGGGUUUAGUCCAACCCAAGGUUUGGAACUGUGUCGUGCACUUGGUAUUGUUGGUGCCAUCGCAACUCUCGCAACACCAGCUCACGACAAUGUUAGCGGCGAAACGCUUCUUUUCUACAAAUCAGCAUCGCCUCGCAGCAAUGUCGUCGCACUGGUCGUGCCUGGAUUAAACGUCAUCACGCCGGAAGAGCCGGGGGAGGCUGUUGAAGGCACUGUUGCACUCUUACAUCAGCUUGACGUGGAUGUGUUUGUACUAUGCAAAUACACCUACGCGAGUAAGAGUGAAGAAUAUUCAGAGCGAGCCCACAUCAAAGAUGUCAAAGACACGUGUGAAUGGCUUCGUAGGAGCAAUCCGAAUAAACAACUGCUACUCUGGGGGUUGGAUUAUGGGGCUUGGCCUGCUCUCAUGGCCGAGGUUACUGUGGACUUGGCCGUCUCUUCGUGUGGUGUUUCUUCGAUGCAAGCUGAUAACACAGACAAAGGCACACAACUCAAUGUCCACGGGAAGCAAGCUUCGGAAAACAACGAGUCUCCUGUCUCCGUCGAAAACCGGGGUAGCAUAUCGACGCGGUUUUCAUACAUGUACCAUGUUGUUGAAGGCAACAAAGUGCCUGUUGAUACCACACUGCAAUGUGCAGAAGCCUGCGUCGAGCAGGGAGUCGCAAUCAGAGUGGUAAUUGUACCACAUGGCCCUGGUCCGCGUCUGGCUGCAGCUGAUCAUGUCUAUCUGAACAAAUCCAUUGAUGAUGUUCAACAAAUAAGACCAAUUGAGUGGGAGCAUCUUGAUUUCCAGGAAAUUCGGCGGCGAGUCAAGGCCGGCGAACAUAUCGAGUUUCAAAAUUACCGAGACCGGUAUGUGCCACCACAAGUCACACUCCUCAUUUUCUGGGUAACAGCACUAACGAGAGUCUAG